UCAAUACUUUGAAUAUUUUUAUCCGUUUUUAUGUAAUUAAAAUUUAAGAAUGUGAUGAAUACAAUAGAUGUAUAAACAGUAUAAACUAUUUACUUCUUUCUUUUUUAGCUAGAUAUAUAAAGUAUAACAAAUACAAUGGAAUGUUUAAUUCCUGAUAUACUGUUUACUCUACUUGGCCACAAAUCAGAAGUAUUACAGUGUAUUGUUGACAAUGACAGCAAUUUUACAGAUGAUGAGUAUAUCAUUUUGAACAAUGAAGACAGACAAUUGUUAAAGAGUUUCUUAAAUUUGGCCGAAGAAUAUCAGAAACUUAACACUGUUAUUGUAUCUUUUAACCGAUUGGAGAGUAUUUACAAAGAAUCAGAAUCAAAGAGACGUGGCUUGUACUUUGAAGCUUUUGUCAAUGGCAUGUUAAUUGCUUUGAAACCAUAUCGCAAUUGUAUAAAUGACAUUGAAAAAGAUUUAUCAAAUAACAAAGAAAAUAAAUGUUUAUUGACUGAAACUUUAAGGAAAGUCGAACAACAUAAGCCAUUGAUUGUUGCAAUAAAUAAUAUUUUAGAUCAAAUUGAACUUUCUCAGUUACAUGGCGGACAAAUAUUAAAUCUCAUACAUGAAGUAGUUUAUAUGAAAUUUAUGGAUGACAAAGUUCAAUUAUCACUCAUAUUCAAACAAUGUUUACAGGUGUUAAUAUCGCAGUUGAACACAUUUUUCGCACGAGGAGUGAUUUUUGAUCCUCACCAAGAGUUUUUUAUUGAAUCAGAAUAUUCUAGAAGUACAAAAGAAUUUAAACAAUUUUCUUUAUUACCCAGUUUAAUGCCAUCUUUUGUCCCUCUUUCAACUGCAAGCAAAAUAACAAGAAUUGGUGAUGUUAUCAAAAGUUUGCAACAUUCAAAUGACCAGUUGUCAUCGAUAAACUACAAGGAUAUUUCUAUACAGUUGUAUGGACACAAAAGAGAUGAAUUAUUUUCUGAUUUACUAAAUUUAGUAAAUUUGCCUUUGUUUACUAAAAAUGAAUUUGUCCAAGUAAUUGACAAGUUUUAUAAUGUUGUGGAUGAAUAUAUGUUAAAAGCAUCAUUCAAUAAUGAUAGUUUUGCUUAUCAUAUGAAAUUGGUAAGAGAUUUUUAUUUGCUGGGUAAUGGAGAGUUUUAUAAGCAUUUUUUGAAUAAAAUGUGCAGUUUAUCUCUGAAAUCUGAGCAUAGUUUACGUGCUAUUAAGGUAGCAUUUAAUAAUACAGUCCAAGAUAUUAAAUUGCACAAAUCUAUGAAUCAAGUGUUUGGUUUCAGUUCGUUAGAAGAUAAAGAAGCUGAUGAAACAACAUGGACAAAAAUUAAAGUUACUUUUGAAACCACAUGGCCAUUACAAUUUAUAUUCACCAGCUCUGUUCAAAAAAAUUAUUCAAAAUUGUUUGCAUUUUUAUCUCGAAUCAAAAGAGUACAAACAAAUUUGCAUGAAAUUUGGAUUGAAAAAAAAUCUAAAUCUUUUGAAAUAAAUGGUGAUAUUGACCAACUGAAAACCAAAUUAUCAUACUUAAUAGAUACUCUCUACAGUUACCUUCAGCUGGAUGUCAUCGAGGAUGAAUAUUUUCUUCUUUUGGAAAAAUUAACUAAUGCCAAUGAUUUUCAAACAAUCAAGCAUAUACAUGAUAUAUUCCAGACAAAUAUCAUGAGAGAUUCAUUUUUGUUCAUGGAAGAAGUUUACAUAGCAUUUAAUAGAAUUUUAGAUAUGUGUGAAAACUAUUGUAGGUAUAUGACUGACAUUACAGCGGCUUUAAAUCCACAAUAUAACCAGUGUUUUGAAGAGUUAAAUUUACUUUUUACCAAAAAACCGAAUAAAUUACUCUCAUUGAUAAACAUUAUUCAAGAAAUUCACGUAACUCCAAAACCAAAUCAAUUUAUUGUCAGAUUAAAUUAUAAUAAAUGGUUUCUUCGAACCAUAUCUAGUGAUAGCUAGAAAUGAAAUCUCUACAUUUUGCAAGCACAGAGAUAAUAUUUAUUUAAAUUAGGAUAAGUUAUAAAUAAUUGUAAAAUGUUAUUUCAUAAAAUUGAAUUUCAAUUAAAAAAUAUUAUGUAUUUUUAAUUAUUUAU